AAUAAUGAUGGCGCGGCGGACGAAGUGGAUGCUGGUGAAGUUGUUGCUCUACUUCGUGAUCAAGGGAACUUCAGCGCGAACAAUCGCCAGGAGCAGCGCAUGAAGGUCAAGCCGUUGUCGGAGGGACUGAUAAAGUUCCACAACAGCGACCAGCCUGCUGAUGUCAGGGAGUUCCUGUCAAAGGUCCGCGACAUCGUGAACCAAUCGCCCACCGUCUUCCCGCCGGAUGCAGAUCUGCCCGAAGCUGAUCAACAGAGCGGAGCGAUCUUGCAGAAGUUGCCUGAGUUGUUCUGCAAGAACUUCAGGGUGACUAUCGAGCGGAUGCAAGAAGAAGACGAUCCGACAUUUGACCAAAUUGGAGACCGACUUGAGAAACGUCUCACAACGUUGAUCGAGGAGGGAACCUACAAAAUUG